AUGUCAAACACUUGGCUGGUGUCUCUGCUGGAGCUGCUGUUGCUGCCGUUGUUGGGCCAAUGCCAGUACGAGCUAUCACUGAAUGCAUGGGCCAAGAGCGAUGUCCUGGAUGUGUUUGCCACAGCGCCGCGGCUGGCAACGUCCAUUGAUGCGCAUACGAAUCACGAAAACCAUGUCAACAAUAUCACGUUGGCAGCCGCUGAGGAACUGGACCCAUUGGCACCGCCGGCUGCUUCAUUGAGGCCAUUGUCGCAGCGUAAACUCUCGAGGGGGAAACGUUUUGUGGCAUUUCCGUUGGGUUCAUCGGCAUCUGCUGCAGUCUGCCUGACCACAGGCGUCCUCGGUAAUCCCAACUUGUUGUAUCUUAGCAUGGGUCUGAAUUGGGGUGUUGCCUACGAUUUGCCCAAUAUCACAUGGGUGCUACAGAAUGCCCAUGGCUGGAACACAAAGAAGCCAGGCACAGCACUCGCCAAAAUCAAACGCAGGCAUCGACGUGAUCUAUAUGGAAACUUGGAGACAAUGAUAGACAGUACCAACGCUUCCAAUGAUUUAUGGCCGACGCCAACAUUGAUGAAUAUGAUGGAACGUGCAAAGACAACGUCUGCGUCAUUUGCACCGUCCGCCGUCUCGCCGGCGAAGUCCGUUCGCGUACUGAGCCGGCCCAGGCGCUAUCUCAGCUUUCCCGAGGGUUCCUCGUUUACCGUUUCUGUGUGCUUCACUGUGGGCAUCAUUGGCAAUCCCUACUAUGCCCACAAUAGUUUCGGCCUCAAUUGGGGCGUUGCCUAUGAUCUGCCCAACAAUACGUGGAUCCUGGAGAGCCUGCACGGCCUCUCGCGGCGUCCAACAACGGCAGCAGUUUUGCGGCGCCGAACCAGAAGUGCAAUCUAUCAGGAUAUUGAAGCUAUUGUUGAUAACAUGGGUUACAAUGGACGUGAUUGCAUUUUGCGUACUCUCUGCGAAAGUCGUCAGUAUUUCCAGCGUACCAAGAUGAACAUGGUUGGUGAGAUGCUGCGUACAAUCUUCAGUCUGCCCAAGCAGCGUAUUUUUUCGCGAGAGCUACACGAAAAUUCGGAUAUUGUACACUACGAUAAUGCCUAUCGCCAUGCCCACAAUUUUGAUUGUGCCAAGCAAUAUAACUGCCAGUUUUCGCUACUAGAGUUGGCUUUUGGAAAAUACUCGACGCCGCCGAAAAAUUAUUAUGCCCAAUAA